AUGGACGUCCUUCACAGGGACGUAGCCGCCCGAAAUUGCUUGCUAACUGCCGACCUCACGGUUUGAUCGGGAUUAUCAACAGAUACUGGAAAGAAAUAUUUUCUAGUUGAAGGUCGCUGACUUUGGUCUCGCGACUUCUGGCAGUUAUUUUUAUAUGAAAAACGCGGAGAAAUUACCGACGAGAUACUUGUCGCCGGAGACCUUGUCUAUUUUCGUAUUUGGCCAAGUGUCCGACUGUUUUGCCUAUGGGGUGAGUUCACUUGGUUAUAAUGGGAGACAAAUAGAUUAUUUUAGAACUUGAUUUACGAAAUCUUCUCAGGUGGAAUGAUGCCGUACGAAGAAUAUAAAUCAGCGGAUGCCAGAGACAAGGUCUGUUCCAUUCUUUUCGAUUAAUUUCCAGUUAAAAGUGAUGAGAGGAGGCGGAAUCACGAAAGAAAACUUUCAAUUUUUUUAAAAGCUUUCUCUCAUAUUCUCCGCAGUCUCCGAUUUUUGGACUCGCAACAUAGUCUUUUUUUCUUUCAACUAGAAGAAAAACUUUUUACUUCAUCUACACUUUAGGGUGACAUUUGAAUUUCUAUGAAAUGGUCCAGACAUAAUGAAGACCUAAAUGAAAGUUUCACACAACAUCAAGAAUUAGACUUCAUGAUAGCGCAAACGUGUAGAAAAUUCUAAACAUACUAAAAUCACUCGUUUUUUGUCAGACAAGGUUCUGAGUUUAGAUUUUGACCGGAGAGCUGAACAAUCUCGAAGAGACUCGCGCUCCGCCGGCUCUCCGUUCAUUCGUCGAAAAUAAUUUGUGGACAUACAUGAUGAGAGAUAGGACGGACAUGAAUACGGUUUUAAAGUUAAUUUUGUUGAAUUUCAAGAAAAGUUUCAGACGGUUGACUUCAUCAAAGGCCUCUACAAGGACCACAGGAAAGUCAGUUCAUUUGUCUACACUAGUUUCUGAUUUAAAUAUUUCUUCAGGCCGAAGGAGAACCGAAGACGGUCACGGCAGAUACGGAAGCGAGCCAUGUGAGUUUAUACGACCUCGAAAAAUGAAAGUGUACAAACUUAUUUCGAAUCUUUUGUGAUAACUUUAGUGAGAAACUUUUCGGAGAACUAUAAUUUUUUGAUUUGAAUCGAUAAGUGACAUGGUACAAGACUUAUUGACUUUAUUGACCAAACAGUAGACUGCAUUUCCACAUUUAAAAACAAUAGAUAUAAAGUUUAAACUCUUCUUAAAAUAUGUCAAACUAAAAUAAUUCCUAAAACUAAAUUCUAUUCGCAGGAAAAAAAAACAAUAUUCAAAGUUCUCAAUUAAAAAUUCCGCAACGGUAUUUAAUACGUACUUUAACUAUAGGCCAUUCCGCGACAGCUUGUCACGAUUUUCUUUCCGCCAAAAGGCCAGAUCAAAUUUGACCAACUUCGCUUCAAGACCUUUGUUUCUUGCUGUUUCGAAAGCAGAAUUACUAAGAAGAAAGCUGUUUUUUUUUUGGGUAUUUUUUUUUCUGCUUUUCUUCAAAAACGUGACCGCCUCGCUCGGAACUCUCAAAAACUUCGAUAAAAAGAACAAAAAUCUAAAUUCGUGAAGCGAAGUUGGUCAAAUUUGAUCAAAUUUGGUAUAAGGUCUUUUUGGCGGAAAGAAAAACGUGACAAGCUGGCGCGGAAUAGGCUAUACCUAACUUCUAUCUACCAUUGCAUUCGCUCUAACUUUAUCUAACUCUGCAUUUCUGCAUAUCUUCUCUUUCCACCUCAAUCCAAGACCUAAUAUGGUUUCAUUUUGCUUUGUUUCUCAUUUCAUUUCUCAUCAUUUCCACAUAUUUCUUCUAAAUGAUUUACGCGCCUAAGUUAGUCGCAAAUUAUCCUUUUCUUUCUUUUUUGAACUAAUGCCAUGAGGAAAGUGCUAAUGAGUGUCACCUCCUACGCCGUCUACUUUUAAGACUCGAAACGGCUGCGGGAUAUAUUUUAAAUCCAAUCUAUCCUUUGAAUUAUAAUUUGAUAAUUCGUCUCUACUUAUUUUUCACAUUCAUUAGAUUAAAGAAUUGUUAAAAUUUAAUGCCGAAAGGUGAUGAAAUAAAGUAACUCUGGAAAAAAGCAAAGAGUUUAGUUCCAUGACAAAACUUUUUCGAAUCUGAAUUUUUUUUUUUGUCGAGCAAUAAACUCCUGUCACUACAGGGAAAUGAAGAGGGGGAGCUCAAUAAGAAGGAUGUCUCGACGAAAUUGCGCCGUCGAAAGCCCGUCAGCCGCGCAGUCAGUUACGCCUUCACCUGCACUAUUUUGAGAGAACUUUUUUCAGGAGAUCAUGGAAGAUAUCUGUCCCACGCAGGAAGAAACGGCCGCGAACGACUAA